CAGGAGGGGGCGGGGUGGCGGCGAGGGUGCUGUUUCUCCAGUCUCUUACCAGUGUCUUUGUCUCACACUCUUUUGUUAGCCAUGCCUAGCUUGCUGGUUCUAGCAGGGAUCAUGGAGAAAAAUGGGGGCUACGGCGGAGAUUUAGCCGGCUCCGGCUUCGGCAGCGAAGGUCUCCUAGUGCCGCCCGAGGAGGAGGAGGACGAUUCCCGUGCCCUUAGAGUUGCGCUGGGCCAACUGUCGCUGCUGGGUCUUGGAGAGGGCGAGGACGGGGCUCCUGCGGGUGGAGGUGGUGGUGGUGGAGGAGUUCAAGACAGGAGUAAUAAUAACCACCACAACCACAUCCAAGCCGAGUCGGGGAUGUUACAAGGGAAGAAUAAGUUGUGCGCCCUGUACGAGAGCUCGCCGACCGAAACCAAAGGACGGGGCUGCAACAUAACGGAGUGCGUCCCCGUGCCAAGCUCCGAACAUGUGGCCGAAAUAGUGGGGAGACAAGGUUGCAAAAUCAAAGCUUUGCGUGCAAAGACAAACACCUACAUCAAGACCCCCGUCAGAGGCGAAGAACCAGUCUUCCUCAUCACCGGCCGCAAAGAGGACGUGGCCCUGGCCAGACGUGAAAUCAUCUCGGCUGCGGAGCACUUCUCCAUGCUGCGGGCCUCUAGGAACAAGUUCAGCGGCUCACCUCCUGCACCUCUACCUGGCCAGACCACCAUACAGGUGCGGGUUCCUUACCGGGUUGUGGGUUUGGUGGUCGGACCCAAAGGCUCGACUAUAAAACGCAUCCAGCAGCAAACGUGCACUUACAUCGUCACUCCCAGCCGCGACCGUGACCCUGUCUUUGAGAUCACAGGCUCCCCUGGGAACGCAGAACGGGCUCGGGAAGAAAUCGAGGCGCACAUCGCCUUCCGCACAGGUGGCCUGCACGAUCACAACAAUGAGAAUGACUGCUUGGGGCCUGAAAGUGGCAACGGGGGUCUGGAGAGCCGCCUGCAGCAGGUGUGGGGGCUACAGGGGGCCCCGCGGAAGCCGCUUGCCAGCAGCUACCGCCAGAAUUUCUCAGACAGCGUGGUCGGAAGUAGCGGUGGAGGAGGGAUUUACAGUAAAGGUGACUUUAGCAACCAUGGAAGCAGCGGGGACAAGCCGUCCUCCUACUUCGGCUCUGAGGGCACUCAAAGCUGGGGCGAUCCCGACUAUCCCAAACAGGUGGCUUACUAUGCCCAGCAGCGCUCCAAAAGCUUUGGAGGCCUGCCUCUUCCUCUGACCAGACUGUCACCGGGUUUGCCCGAACCAUGCGGAACCGGCAACUCCAACGCUGUUGGGUCUCCUCACGCCCAGGCUCGGCGUGCCCACAGUGAGCCCACCGCUGCCACCGGGGCAUUCACCGGACGUCUCCCUGUGCCGGAUUCUCCGCCUGCCAUGUCUCGGGACUGCAUGACCUGUUUCGAGAGCAAGGUGACGGCUGCUUUGGUCCCGUGUGGUCAUAACCUCUUCUGCAUGGAGUGUGCCAUCCGAAUUUGUGAGCUAAACCAUCCAGAGUGCCCUGUUUGCCACACCCUGGUCACACAGGCUAUUCGAAUAUUCUCUUAAAGAGUCAUUUCUUUUCUUUUUUUGUCUCGUUUUGUUUCCUGUGCUUUGUUUUUACUCUGUAGAAUCAGUUUACCUUUUUUUUUAUUUGGUCAGUAUUCACUUUUUUAUUUUUCAGAAAACACAAAACCAAAACAAGCAGAUAUUUUAGAACACACUGCUUGCUUUACAAAAAAAAAGAGGAAGAAGUAUUUUCAGAUUUUUCUUUUAUAUGUACACAUAUAUACAUAUAUAUUUUAUAAAGGUUUUUUUAAAAUGGAAAGAACGUAGUUCUUAGCAUGUUUGUUUUCGUUUUUCCUUUUAUUUAAUUUUUUACUGGUGCUGUUUUUUUCCACAUGCUGUGUGUGGACAGUGACAGGAGAAAUAAUGUGAACAUUUGACACUUUUCCUUUGCUGGGGAAGUAUGUUGUUAUUAUUACUAUAUGAAAAAUACCAAUACAAGUUUAUUUCCUAAGAUUGGAGUAUAGUUUUACAUCCCAGCAUCUUCUGCAAAUGAGCGAGUAUUCUUUUUUUAAAUGGCAAACUAGAAUCUUAAAUCUUUGCACCUUAAAACUGAUGUGAAGUGAUUGUCAAAAAAAAAGUCUAUGCGAAAUAGAUGGUAUAGAUAUGGGGCUGAUAUAUACAACCAGAUGUCGGUGUGGCUUUAGAUUUGGAUCAUAUUCUAAACAACACAAUUACCGAUGUAGUAUCUGCUUUGCUGAUCAAUAUUCGAACGGGUAAUUGACGAGUAAAACAGGGAGAUUCUCUUUUUUUAUAUAUAUAUUUUUGUUUGUUUCUGCACCAGUGAGCCUAUUAUAUGAUGUAUAAAGAGGUCUUAUAUGAUACAACCCGAUAAAAAAAACAGCCAACUGAUUGGUCAGCUCAACAAAAAAACUAAACUUGGAAUUCAUCCAGCGUUCUGACGUUCAAGAGGUCUUUCCCAGAUUUUUUAAUUCUUAAUUCUGCACUAUUCACGUUUAUAAUUUUUAAUUUCCACUCCUUUAUUUUGCAAAACAUCGAUUACGAGCAUAAGGCAUGAGGAGGGGGCG